GUACGGUGUGUAUGUGCGGCGCGGCGCGCUCCACGCUCCACGCUCCGGACCGUUUCGGACAACAAGCACCUGCUUAGAGAGCAGAAAGCUAACAUCCCGUUUGAUGGAAACAGGCCUCUACGCCCAACGCAGGCGUAGCCACAGUGCUCAGACGGGUGCCGUGCAGCUAAACUUGUGCAGGUCACCAACCAGCGCUGUUCAUGUUUUGGAUCAAGUUUCAGAAGUACCGUGAUAUAGCCAGGUCGCUCUUGGAACCUAGUGGCUGCGGCGGCGCGGCCAGUCAGCAAGUCUGCUGUAAGCAUGCCUUUCAUUGACGACGACCUGCUGUGGUGCCCUGACAACGACGGCAAGAUGGUGGACCUGUCACAAUGCUUGGAUUCUGGAAAUCAGCAGGAAGGAGGGGGGACUGGCCUGGGUGAGCUGUCACAGCAGGAUCUCUCAGGACUGGUAGGAGAAUUUGAGGAGGAGGUAGAUGAUGAUCUCUUCAAGCAAUUGGGAGACACAACAUUUGAGUUGGAUACAUUCUUCCCUGACUUUGUUGACAAGGAAGAAAACAACAACAAUGUGUCCCCGGGUUCUGCAGAAUCAGUCAAUUCUAGUAACGCAAACAAAAGUGCAGUUGCGCGUAAGAUGAACAUUAUUGCUGCAAACCCACUGCUUGCAGUAAGAGCUGGUGUGUCUUGUGCAGAGAAACUGUCAGCCCCUGCUCCUGCCCCCAACCCUGCCCCUGUGUCAGCCUCUGCUUCGGCUUCUGCCCCUGUGUCAGCGCCUAGCUCCAUAGCUCCUCCAGCAGGCAUACCAGCCAUCCCACCGGUUCCUCCAGCAUGCACAUAUGCUCGGGUCAAGACUGAGCUCCUACCAGGUAAAGUGGACACGGCGGAGCUGUGCCCCACGCAGUCGCCUCCGCCGGUGGUGGUGAAGCGCGAGCCGAUCACGGAGCACAAGCCGGCGUUGUUACACGGGCUGCUCAGCCAGCAUCCGCACGCGCUUCUCACCCACAGGUCCACCUACACUGCAUCCACAGGAUCACUGCCACCGAGUCCAGCGGACUCCGGCGUCUCCGACGUUGACAGCAGCAGCAGCGGACACGCGUCCAAUGACGAGCUCAAGGCGCGGCUGCAACCCACCCCAGGUCCGGCGAGGACGCCGGAGAGCCCGGGCCCUGCCUAUGCGCAUGCGCACGCCCACGCGCACGCGCACGCACACCCGCACGGCUUCCUGGCGCCGUACUACCAGCCGGCGCACAGGCCACCGCCUCCGCCGCCACCGCACCACCACUACCCCGCAAGGAGUCCUGCGGAUGGAUACGCUGGCUAUUUACCUGGCCCUUCGCCAGCCUACCACUCGCACCCACAGUUUGCCACCCCACCUCUGCCAUCAGCAUCGACUGUGGGAGUGACAUCAGCUAUUCCUACUUCAGUCAUACAGGCUGCGUCCUCAUCAGUGAGUGAUGAUGUCUAUAUGUUGGAGCUCAGUUUUCAAGGUCGAGGGAAGAAACGGCCCAAGAAACUUCGCACUGAGCCAGGAAGUGUCAAAAGGAAGAGCCGUGAAGGCUCCACUACGUACCUGUGGGAGUUCUUGCUCAAGUUGCUCCAAGAUCGAGAUUACUGCCCGCGCUACAUUAAGUGGACGAACAGGGAAAAGGGUGUGUUUAAGUUAGUUGACUCCAAGGCUGUAUCUCGCCUGUGGGGGCUGCACAAGAACAAGCCUGAUAUGAACUACGAAACAAUGGGGCGAGCCUUGAGGUAUUAUUACCAGAGGGGCAUCCUGGCAAAAGUUGAUGGCCAGCGACUCGUGUACCAGUUUGUUGAUGUUCCCAAGGACAUAGUGGAGAUUGACUGUACGGGAGCGUGACCAGUUGGACUGUAUAUACAGAGUAACUUAAUGUGAUUCGGAAUUAUUUUUCUGCUGGACAUCUUCUGUGAUGAUAUGCAGGAUAGCUACAAAUAUUUUCAGUGAAUGAAAAGUGAGGAAUUGUUUGUAAUUAUUUUUGAAAAGAUCUCAGGAACAGUGCUGGUGGUGUAAAGUACCCUAUUUUUAUAAGUGUUUGGUGCAGGGAGUCACCUUUGGUUAGGACAGUAAUGCUGUCACCCAAGAAGAGGUCCAAUUGUACUCCAAGAUUAAUUUAUGAAGCUCUUUGUUCAGCAUCUCUGAGAGAUAUGUUACCUUCACUCCAUACUCUGCAGUGAAGUGAAAUAUGGCAUGAAAUGGCAUACUCAUGAAACUCUUUAAGAACUGUAAAAUAUAAAGAUACGUUAAACAACAUCUUAUUAUGUUCAUAAUCACACAAAUAACAAUUCACAUGAACCUUCAUUUGUGAUUUUUAAAUAAAUGUUAAUGACAGACUGAAGCAUAACUAUGUGCAUGUAUUUUGAAUAGAUUUUAAAAAAUCUAAAAAGAAAGUCUGCUGUCUGUGUGUGUGCAACCUCUGCUUAUUGUGUGCAACAGACUAAGUACUGCUGUGUAAAAUAUUUAUUUGUAUAGUCUCAGCAGCUGUGGGGCUUAUGUGUAAACUGUCAUGAUUUUGAAACUCAUC